AUGAUGUCAAAUGUCUAUCUUACCGAAGAGCAACCGCCGCCAAAAAAUCCGCCACCGAUGAACGAUUCGCUCACAUGGAACACGAUGACAAAGACGCAAAGCGAUCUCAUUGAAGCUACAACGCCCUGGACAGAAUCGUACAUCGAUAAGAAUCGUACAGUUCGUCGCGAAUCGAUACACACUGCAACCAAGAUGAGACGACAUAAUGUGAAAGGUCUAGAACGGUCAUCGAUCAGUAAGAGUGAUAUAACGCAGAACACCAUGCCAUAUCCGAAUUCGAUUCGUCUCGAUCCGAUUCGAUUACCACGUCCAACUAUAUUACGCGAAUCACCAAUAUUCGACAUUGGUCACAACGUCAACACUGUUUCAUCUUCAAGAGGUGUAAUUCGAGCGCAAGUGACGCCAAGCUAUGGACCGUUUACUUUUCCUGAACAUCUAAGAACUCGGCGCCUUGAUGACAUCAAUAUAAAUCCUGCGAACGAUGAAUCAUUAACUCGUGCGACAUCGUUCGUCAGUGCCAUCGAUGUACAUCAAGUUGUCACAAAUCAAGUGCCUUUGGAAUCUCUAGAAGAACGUAACGAUCAAGUUCAUACCUUACAAAUUACACCACAAAUUAUACCCAGAGUUUCACCUGUGGCUCAGCCUACACCGGAGACUCAGCACACGAUGAAGGCUCGAGCUCUGUGCUCGAAUCCACAUCUCGGCUAUCAGCGAAUUGUUUUCCUCCUUGCGAAGUAUCCAGCAGAUACUUUCAAAUGGCAGUACGUUAAAAACACGACAUCCUACUACAGUAAUGAAGAACGAGCCACCCAUCAAGCGAUCCUUGCUGGAGGAGGAGGAAUGACUGUUCUCUUGGCGCUUGCCACGUUCAUAUAUGGUGGAAUUGGUCUCAACCUGAUGGAAAGACGUCUAGCCAACGAAUAUGAGAAAGAGACGAGGCUGAGCGCCUACGAAAAUCAAGCAUUUCAGUAUUAA